AUCUACUGCUGCUGCCCCUCCACCCACCCCUGGUGCUGCCAUGGGUGGUGAGUCAAUGGUUCAAGGCUCUGGUGGGCUGGAGGGGCCAGGGCAAGGCUCAGUGGGGGAAAUGCAGCAGAUGCAGCAGCAGGGAGGCUUUGGGCAAGGGCAGGCGCAGGGGAGCAUGGCGGGAGGGGCGAUGGGGGAUGGUGGGCUAAUCAAGCAGCUAGCUUUCUGUGAUGUGGUAUGGAUCGUCAUGACUCGUGCCCGUGUUGCCUAGAUGCUUUUCUUUGUUACAAAUGCUAUCCUAACGUACAGCGUCAACUGCGUACUGUACUGUGGGCUUAUGGUUCCUAGAA